GGGGCGCUGCGCCCCGCUCCCGGCUGAGGCGCGGCGCUCCCUGCGCCUCAGUGCGACGGCGGCGAUGUCGGAACCGGAGCACCUGGGCGGGAAGCGGGCCGAGUCGGCGCGGCUGCGGCGGGCCGAGCAGCUGCGGCGCUGGAAGGGCUCCCUGACGGAGCAGGAGCCGGUGGCGGCGGGGGGUGGCCGCAGCAGGCACGGCGGCGCCGGGGGGUCCCGCGUUCGCUUCGAGGAGGGCGCCGUCUUCCUGGCCGCCUGCUCCAGCGGGGACACCGAGGAGGUGAAGCGGCUGCUGGGCCGCGGCGCCCGUAUCAACACCACCAACGUGGACGGGCUGACAGCCCUGCACCAGGCCUGUAUAGAUGAGAACCUGGACAUGGUGAAGUUCCUUGUAGAAAAUGGAGCUAAUGUGAACCAGCAAGAUAACGAGGGCUGGACCCCUCUCCAUGCAGUGGCAUCGUGUGGCUAUCUGAACAUAGCAGAGUUCUUGCUCAGCCAUGGUGCCAACGUGGCUGCUGUCAACAGCGAAGGGGACGUCCCGUCCGACAUCGCGGAGGAGGCAGCCAUGAAGGACCUGCUCCUGGAGCAAGUAAAGAAACAAGGUGUAGACCUAGACUUGGCAAGAAAAGAAGAGGAGCAGCAAAUGCUCCAGGAUGCCAGACAGUGGCUGAACAGUGGGAGAAUUGAAGACACAAAGCAGCCUCGGACUGGUGCCACAGCUCUCCACGUUGCUGCAGCAAAGGGCUACUCUGAAGUCAUGAGGCUCUUGAUCCAGGCUGGCUUUAAUCUAAACGUCCAGGACAACGAUGGCUGGACCCCGCUGCAUGCUGCUGCCCACUGGGGGGUGAAGGAAGCUUGCUCCAUCCUGGCUGAGGCCCUGUGUGACAUGGACAUCAGGAACAAGCUGGGCCAGACACCAUUUGAUGUGGCUGAUGAGGGGCUGGUUGAGCAUUUAGAAAUGCUGCAGAAGAAACAGACUGUGUUGCGAAGUGAGAAGGAGACGAGGAAUAAGCUGAUUGAAGCUGACAUGAAUGGGAAACCUCAAAGCAGACUCUUCACCAACAAAGAGAAGAUUCUUUGUGAGGAAGACACACUGAAGUCCAUGGAAAUGGAGGAAGAGAACAAGAACUCCAGCAGUUCUAGUUCUGAAGAGGAAGAAGCUGAAGAUGAAGUUUCAGAAUCAGAUGUUGAAAAGGAGUCAGAAAGGAAGGAAGAGCCCUUUGCCAACCACUCCAGCCAUGAAACCAGGCCUAGCAUCACUGAGCAAAUACCACCACCUGAGCCCAACUCCUUCACUGCAUCUGCCAGAAGAUUCAGUUGGCUCAGCAAGUCAGAGGAGCAGAAGGACGAGUCCCCUGCCUCGUGGCGGCUGGGCCUGCGGAAGACUGGGAGCCACAACAUGUUGAGUGAGGUCACAGCUACUCAGGAGGCUCAGAGAGAGAAAACUUCUUCCAUCUACCGCUCCUCAUCCAGUCCUCGGAUAUCUGCACUGUUAGACAGCAAGGAAAAGGAUAAAGACAGCAAGAGCUAUCUUGCCACAAUAGCCCCCAGAAGAAUAAGCAGUACAAGUGAUAUAGAAGAAAAAGAAAACAGAGAAUCAGCUGCUAACCUGGUGCGGAGCGGCUCCUACACCCGGCAGCCCUGGAGGGAGGAGUCCAAGGGGAAUGAACCUCCCCACUCUGGGGCACCUACAACCUAUGUAUCUACAUACUUGAAAAGUGCUUCAUUUGGUAGAAGUAGUGACCUCAGCAGUCCCUACAUUUCAGCCAGUCGCAAUACAUCUCUAGCUACCUCACCCACUACCAUUGGUUCAUCUACCUCAUUGGGCACCCCGUGGCAACCUGUCUCUUCCUGCCCCACAUCUCUCGGUGUGAACACUACUGCAUCAGCCCGCCAGUACACCAGAGCCCCUUUCAGGCAACAAACUGAUUCUGCUGUAGAGAAAAACACAGAGGGCAUCUCUGCUAGCACCCCCCUAGGUGUAAUCACAAACCACCCUGUACUCGGCUCUGCUAACGGUGUUGCCAAUGCUGGUGCUGCCUCCACCCCAGGGAAGGACUUCUCAGCUGAGGAAGCCAGGGAACGCAGAAGGUCAUAUCUGACUCCAGUGCGGGAUGAGGAAGCGGAGUCGCUGCGGAAGGCGCGGUCCAGGCAGGCCCGGCAGACCCGCAGGUCCACACAGGGUGUGACGCUGACAGACCUGCAGGAGGCAGAACGAACCUUCAGCCGGUCCCGGGCAGAGCGCCAAGCGCAGGAGCAGCAGAGCGAGAGGGCAGAGAGCAGGGAGAGCACCGCGGAGAGGCAGGAGAACCGCCCACGGUGGAGCAGAAACGCAGACGAGGAGAGUGUCUAUCGACGAUUAAGGUGUCCUGUACAAACAGACAAACCUACAACACCUGUAUCCCCUUCAGCAUCAGCACCUCUCCAUUAUGCAAGUUCAUACCUGACUCGAACAAAUAAGUAUCUAGGUCUUGACUCUGUGAAUCCAUCAGAUACCAGAGGGGAAGCCACAGAGAUGGAGAAAAAUGAGUGUGAAGAUCAGGAUGGAGAUGACAGAUCUCCACACAAGCAGUCGAUCCGAGACCGGCGGCGGCCAAAGGAGCGGCGGAGAAGCACGGGCAUCAUUUUCUCAACCAAAGAUGAUGAUGAUGAAGUUGAUGGAAAUGAGGAGCUGAAGGAAACCCGGCAUGAAAGACUUUCCAGGUUGGAAGCAGCUACAAACCUGAGCAGCAGUGAUUCCUCGUACAGUGACCGUGCCUCCAGCCGUGCCAGUGCCUACACCCGCAGGGAGAACCUCAGCAGCAAAGCAGAAGAGGAGAGUUUAAAUAGGGAUUAUAAAAAAUUGUAUGAAAGUGCCCUGUCUGAAAAUCAAAAGCUGAAGUCCAAACUGCGAGAAGCCCAGCUGGAGUUGGCCGACAUCAAAUCCAAGUUGGAAAAAGCCACCCAGCAGAAACAGGAGAAAACUUCUGACCGGUCCAGCAUGCUGGAGAUGGAGAAAAGGGAGAAGCGAGCCCUGGAGCGGAAACUCUCUGAAAUGGAAGAGGAGAUGAAGAUUUUGACAGAGCUGAAGUCAGACAACCAAAGGCUGAAGGACGAGAACGGAGCCCUCAUUCGUGUCAUCAGCAAGCUCUCCAAAUAGGAAUCCUGAUCAGAGGCAGAACAGAGCUGCCCUACACCAGCUGCCAACCCCACCACCAAGCCCUCCCCCCGUCCCUCCAGUCACAAGUACAGCAGGCAUUUCAGCCAUGGGAUCAACUUGUCACACCUGCCUUGCCCUGCCCUCUGCUGUACAUUCCCUUUCAGCCCUUAAUUCCCUCACAACACCCCCCACCAUUUUAUUAUUUUUAAUUUAAGCAUGUUGUGAUAUCUCGGACAUUUUAUUCAAGGGAGAAGAAAAAUGUGAGACUGGGUUUGAGCUGCCAAAACUACUUCUGGGAGCCCAGUCUUUGGUGUUGGGCUCCAAUCUGGAGUAGGUAGCACCAACUGUAAAAAGUGAUGCCUAAAGAACUAAGCCAGCACAUCCAAGCCCUUUACAGGUGGGAAAUGUGACUGUGGGCUGGGACUCUGAGGAUGCACAUCAACCCUCCUGGGAUGCAGGGCUCUGGUUACAAUGUGAUGCUGUGAAAGCAACCAGGGCUGGUGGCAGCUGCUUUGCACAGAGACCUUUUUCUGCUUUCACCCCAGUAGACUGAGUCUUUUAUUUAAUAUAAGAUUUCAAACCUGUUCAGUAACAUCAGCACUGCCUCUUGACAUCAGACUCCCUAUCCCUCCCCCUGCCUUUCCUCCCCAGCCUGGGUGGUUUGGUACCACCUUGUGUCCUUCCAGGGCCCCAGUUUCAGUAGUUGGUAGCAUCUGCUGAUUGCAUCUGGACUCUGGCUCCUCAGGACAGAGUGUAGCACAGAUUCUUGCCAAGCUUUCUGAAGGACAAGCUUGAACCCCUGGAGAUCCACUGCUGCUUUCAUAUGUGUAUGAAGAUGAAUCACUUUGCAGGAGCUGUGCUCACACCAGGAACCUCCCUGUCCUGCAUCUUCCUGCUGUUUCAUGAAGACAGAGCCCUGUGGAGGAGUCUGCUCAGGUAGUUCAGGCACUGGGAUUCCACUCAGGUAGCUCAGGCACUGGGAUUUAUUUGCAGCCAGUGGCUGGAUAAGUGAAAGAGGGAGUUCCAGAGUCCAGUCUCACCCACUGGUGCUGGGGAAGAACUUGGGGCUGGGUUUCAAGGCGGAGAUCCCGGUCCUGGGGGUGCUUUGGGAGGACAAGGAGCUGCCCUGGGGUGUGUUGGUAACUCUUGCUAGGGUGAAGGUCUUUUAAUCUGUCAAAAGUUUGCAAUAAGCCUUGACCUUGAAGGAAGCCUGAAAACCAAACCUCUGGUGGUGGUUUAUGGACUCAGAGCACUUUGACAUCGUUCUCUCUGUGAGCAUUCAGACUGCAGCUCCAUGUGCUCUGCUGGCUUGGUGACAGCAGCAGCAAAAUGUCCCCAGUUCCCUGGAGCUUCCUCUUAGUAGACUUCUCUCCAAUUAUACCUUCCCUCUCAGAGACUUCUUGCUGUAUCCAAACCACUUUCCCAGUUAGUCCUUCCAUUGUUGUCCUUUCAUUCCCUUUGUCCUCUGAUUUUCCUGCUCUGUCUGGCUGAGAGUUGCAGUCUCAGUCACUGAACACAGGGACUGCCAUAAGAACUUCUGCCUGGGCACCUCAGCUGCCUGUGGACUCACAGCUUGUGCCAGGCUAUUAGGACUCUGCUCUGAGAGAGACACACAAGAUAAUUAAACAUGAGCAUAAUUCUUGAGCCUGCUCAAUAGGGUAAAGUAGUAAAUAGUCAGUUGUGGGCUCUUUGGAACCUUUUGCUGGUAAUUACUUCAGAAGGGGGUUUAUUUUCCUCUCCCUUGAGGUUUUUUUUUCUUUGGUUUUAUUUUUCUUGCCUAAUUCUUCAAUUUUUUUCCCUUUCCUUCUCCAUCCUGCCUGUUUCCACCUCUCUAGCUCUUCACAGAGCUGCUGUUUUUUUCCCCAGGCAGCUCUAGGCAGAGGUUUCUCUUCCACCACUCCUCAGCCAGUGGAGUCACUUGUGCGUGGUGCCAGAUGCCAUUUCUCCUGCUACACUGAGGCCCUUCCUCUGAAGCUGUGCUUUGGGAUAGGAAGAGACCAAAGCUGGUAAUGGCAUCAGGGUUUCUGCAGAGCACUGCCUAAACCAGGCAGCCUUUUUAUAUUCCUUUCUUUUAACCCUGCUGUAUUUAACAGCUUCAAGUCUUGAGAUCCAGUCAAUGCUUUUUCUGCACGCCAUUCCCACUUGGUGCACUCUUUAUGUGAGUACUUGGUGCAGUUCUUGAUGUUUUUCCUCCUGGUGAUCUGCUCCUCGCUUCAGACCCUGCCCUGGAUGAGUGUUGGGUCCCUCUGUGCCACGCAGAGAAGACCCUUGCCCACUGGGGCUGCUGAUGGUGGCCAACAGGAACAGCAGAUUUCAGACUAAAGAUCCUGUUCUUCCCACGAGGCAGGUUCCUGGCAGCAGGAAGAAGCCUGGAGUCUCUUUUAGGGAAAGGGUUCAACCUGACUGAACAAACCCGUCCUGCACUGAUGUUUUGCCCCUCCUGCCAGGACACUCCCUGCGUUGUCUCCUGAGGAGCAGGGGACAGGAGGCUGCACUCCUCUGCCUGGACCCUUGCUCAGCCAAACCACUUUUGAUAAAAUGUCUGCUUAGCACUGGAUUAUCCCCCUGAACUCGGAGUAGGGCAGAGCCCCCUCCAACAAUUGAGUCUCACUGGGUAGCCAGAGCUGUGAGGAUUUUGUGAUGACGAUGUGACUGCAAACCAUAUUCUUCAAGAGUUUUUUUUCUUUCUUUCUUUUGGUCUCACUGACAUAACCAGUGCACUGAGGACGUGAUGAAUAGGACACCUCGCAUUCUGUGCUUGGGACAGAGUGCAAGGGAGCAAGCAGGUUUUAAAUCUGAUCCCUAUUUGAACCAGAGCAUUUGCCAGCCAAGAUCUCCACUGGAGACCACAAGGGUUUUUUUAUAAGCAAUUGCUUGGGGUGAAUUAAUUUUUAUCGCUUGGGGUGAACCUGCCUACUGUGGCUGCCAGUUUGAUGAUGGCUCUUUGUAAAUAAACUCCUUGGAGAAGCAGGACAAGCUUACAAGAUGGGGAGAGAAUGUAUUUUUAUGCAACUUUUGAGUGGCCUUUCAAACCCUGAGAUGAAUGAUUUGUUUUACUGGUUGUUGUUAUAUAGUAUUAUAAGUAUUAUGUGUUUGAAAGUUUGGGAAUAAUAUUCACAUCUAUGAUGCUUGUAAACACAACAGUAUUUAUAAAUGAAUAAAAUAAGAGUUG